GUUCUAAGGUCAAAGUUUAUCAUCUAAAUAUUUGUCCCUUAUCCUACAAGUACAAGUUUGUGAGUGAGAUACAAAUAUCAAUCAAAACCAAAUAACCCAAAUUUUAAUAUCAUAUAGGAUAUCGUAAUAAUUAUCCUUCUGCUUCACCACCACAUCAAGUCAGCCUCACUCAGUCCGCAGCGUUUUUUGCCUCUUAUUAAGUUUAAAAAACAGCCGGUUCGAAUUCGGAAUAACAUUAUCAUUAUUAUUAUUAAUUCAUUGAUUCAUUGUCAUUGUUAUUAUUAACGAUUGUGAAUUCGUAAUAAAUUAAUUUAAUUAAUUCUAUUUAAAAUUUAAUACUACUAAUCAUUCAUGAUUAAUAAAUUAUCAGAGAUUAGUGCAUUAAUACCACUUAUACUGACUGAUAGCACUGAUAGUGAUAGUAUUAUAUUAUAUUUAGUAUCAGUCUUUAGUUUAGUCAAGUUUUAGUCACCCUCUGACCCGGAGUAUAGUUUCUACACAAAAAUGUGUUGUGUUUCCAGUUCAGUUACAACAGGUGGAAUCCAUUUUUUGUAUCUGAACAUAGACACAGGCCUUAAUAAAUUUUUAAAAAUCCUAUUUAGUUACAAUAUUGUUACUUCUUACUUAUAGUUAUAGUUAUACUUAGUUACACCUUGUAUCAAGUUGCCUCUCCAUCACAAAGUCACACCACAUGAAUAUAUAACUGAUGUGUAUAUCAGUAUAUGUGAAUGAAUGGCAGCUGAGGUAAAUGUCAAUGAUCAUUGAUUAAUGAAGGCUAAUAUUGUUUUGUUGUUUUCAAACAGGUCAUUUAUACAACAAUGGUACAGUCAGAUAUAUUGAAGUCUGCUUUGCCAUAUAUUGCUUUAGCUGCCACCUCUUGGUACAUUUUCAAAAUAUUUAUCAAACCAUUUUUAUCCCCUUUGAGAAAGGUAAUUACAAUCAAAGUUUAUUUUGUAUUGAUAUUAGCCUAUCUAAACUGUCUUAUAUUAAUUCCACACUAAAACAGUCAAAAAAUUUAACGGUAUAGUAUAUAGUUUAAAAAAAAUUCAUGUUAGAAAUCUUAUUACUGAAGAAAAUAUUUUUUAACUCUUGUGCUACUAAAAUAAACUAGUAAUGCAAAUAAUAGCUUUUAAUGAAAUGUUAUGUUCUCUUUGGCUUUCAAAGAACAAAUAAUAUAUUUUACACUCUAUUAUUGGCAAACAUAUAUUUUACUUCAUUUUCAAUAUUCAAUGCCUUUCUGGUUUUGUUUUCGUUUUAUAUUUGUUGAUUAGUAUUAUUUCACUUAAAUUGACUAAAAUACUUACAAUAAUCAAACUGGUCUUUACUCUUGCUUAUUUAUAUAAUGUAACAGAUUCCUGGAAGACCAUACAAGCCCUUUAUUGGCAACAUGCGUGAGGCUCUACAAGAGGAAGCAAUGAGCAAUACAAUCAAGUAAAUAAUAUAAUUUUUAAUCCAUUCUUUCUCUAAUUAUAAAUUCUUUAAUUCCUGAAAUUAUUAUUAUAUACAGCUGUGACUGUAAAUAAUUUUUCAUUAACCAUUUAUGCUUUUUAUUUAUAAAUUAAUGAAUAGUUUAGAUUAACAGGUAAGAUUAAAUUUAAAAAAAUAAAUAGACUACUUCACUUUUUAUGUUGUAAGCAAAAAUGAAAAGGAAUAUUAUUCAUGAUUAUUACUGUAAAAAUUAUUGAAGACAUAGUUAAAACAUUUCUGCAAAAAAUUAAACAAUUAAUUGCCAUUUUUUUUUUUGCAGCUGGAUGAAAGAAUACAAUUCUCGAAUAGUGCGCUUUUACUUUUUACGUGGUGAGGGCAGAGUUCUCAUUGCUGACCCAGAAAUGAUUAAACAUGUCCUGGUGACCAACAGUAAAAACUAUGUUCGCAUGUCAUCUGAGUGAGUUUAAGUGGAUUUUGCCAGUUAAAAAACACACAAUCGUCAAUAAAAUAUAUCUCGUGCUACAUCUACUGCAUUAAAAAUUAAAAAAAAAACAACUAUUAUUUUGGUAUGCUGUUAAUUUAAACAAUACAAUAUAUAAAAAAGAAAAUCUUACAAAUUUUCUUUUAGAGACAAUCUCAUCAAUAUUUCCUUAUUGUUAAAAUCAUUUUAAUAAUGCCUUUUUUCCCAUGCAGCUAAAAUCUUCAUCUUUUAGUAUGGCAUGAAAAUAACCAUCUUAUUGGUUAUUUAAAAUUAAAAGAAUAAUUCCAUUAUCUAGAUCAGUGGUUCCCAAACUUUUAAGUUUGGCGGACCAGUAAACAAGUUUCGAAAUUUUACCAGGGACAAUAAUAGCAUGUAACAACCUGAACGAUGCAACUGUGAACUCGACAUCAGUCGAAAGCUUCAAGGCUCCUCUGGCAUCAGCUAGGAGCUAUUAGAAUAGCAACAUCAUACCCCGAACCGUUGCAAAAAUGCCAGUACAUGGAUGCAGCAACGAAACAUUACCAGGACCAGAACCGGUGCAUGAUUUAUUUUUAUACUUUUAUUUCUAUUUGACAAUAAAUAUUAUGGGGACAAGCAGUGUUAGGCCAUUUGGGACCACUGAUCUAGAUGAGUACUGUAAGAAUUUUAUAUUGUAAUGCUGCCCUACAAUUUUACUGCAAUGAAAAUGAUAAUUAAUUAAAAUUCUGAAUUCAACUCACUUUAUUAAAAAAAAUUUUUUUGUGUUCUAGCAACCUCAGAGCCAUAACACCUGGGUUUUUACUAACCUUAAGCGGAGAUGAGCAUCAUACCCUGAGGAAAUAUUUGAACCCAGCUUUUAAUUCUCAUGCUGUUAAUGGUAAGUACUUAUCAUUACAUGCAUGCGUUGUAUUAAAUGUUUACCUUUAGUCAUAUUUCAAUUAGGGUUGUACUGAUAGUAAGUUGGCAGAUUAUCCAUGAUUUGGCUCGCUUUAUCAGCCAAUGCCGACAUUUUUUUAAACAAUUAUUUAUUACGUAAUUAUUUUUUUUAUUGUUUUAGUGAGAAAAUAUAAUGCUUCUUUUAUUUUCUUUCAUGAAAAUAGAUGUGAUAUCCAUUUCUUUGUAUAUUUUAAAGAUUAACUGUAGUUUGAAAUGGAAAUGGCUGAGAAUAUGUUUUUUUAAAUUUCCUCAGAGUUCAUUCCAGUGUUUGAGAAAACCGCUAGAAAAGUGAUUCAUUGCUGGGAAGCUGAGAUGAGAAAUCUGGGAGUGUUAUCAGCUCAUGUCCCCGCGCAGAGUUUCAUGAGCCGGCUUGUAUGUUGAAUGGUCUCACAUUUUUCAUCAAAAUUCAUUUGUGUAAAUUUAGAGUGAGCAACACAACAAACAAAUCAGGAGUUGCAUAAAACAACCUUACUCAAGUGGAGAUUAUAGUUUCUCUAUCUUUAAACUAGGAAAUGAUUUGCCAAAAAUGAAACAAAUUUAUACUUUUUUUUUUACAUUGUGUGAUGAUUUUACAUUAUAUUUAUUGUUCAAAAUUUAAUAAAAAGUGUGACAUAGAUUUUCAUUUUGAUUGAUAAUAUAGAAAACAAAUUAUUUUAAAAAUAAGGUUAAAUAGAUAAUUUUUUUUUUAAAAGUUGGCUUGACUGGGAAUGUGACCCUGUUUCAAACUUAUGCUAGGAAACUUACCUGCCAAUCUUGAACAAUAAUCAUUAUUAUGUUAUAAUUUUUAUUGAAACAAUUUUGAAAUGAUACAACUGACACAACUUUUCACUUCUUUUCCAUUUCAUCUAUUUAAAUCAGACUCUUGAAGCUAUUUGCCUGUGUGGGUUUGAUUACGACAUAAAUUCAGUGGAAGAACCUGAACAAUCUGGAGCUCAAAGUUUUCAACGCAUCUUACAAGGAUUUCAGUUGAGGUGAAACUAUUGUAAGAAAAGUCCUCAGCACAUUUCAUAAAAGUACAUAAUUUGCUAUUGGUAAAAAUUCAAAGAUGCAUUGAGAAUGUGAAAGAAUUAAAAUGAAAUAAAAAUUCCUUAUUUAAUUUGUUCAAAUUUAAAGGAUAACAAGGCAUAAUUUUAGGAAAAUGUUUUAACUAAAUAAAACAAAAUUCAAUAUCUUUUACUGCUUUAAGUUAAAUGUUUAUUUAAAAUUUAAAAAAAUUUUGUUGGUCUCCAAAAUCCAAACAAAUCAGUGAAUGAUAACUGUAUUAUUUUUAUCUCACUUAUUUGUAUAGACAAAAUCAGGGAAAUUUAACCUGGGCUGAUUCAGUUUCUUGAUAAUUGAAACAGGUUGUCAAAGCUUCUACCAUUACAGUGGUUGCCAACUAAAUCCAACCGUCUAGCCUGGGCUGAUCUCAAGUUUUUAUAUUCCACAAUUCAAAAUGUCAUCGCCCAGAAAAGAAAAAGGUUAGCCGCAGGUUAGUGUUUGUUUUAGUAUUUUAACUUUCCUAAAGUGUUUUUCUUAAAAUGAACAGUUAAACCUGGAAAUAACUCAAACCCUUGGUACCAAAGCAAAGGUGGUGCUAUUUGAAGGAAUUUUUUAAUUUUUAGGUUCAGCCAGAAAUCAUUCCCUAUUGGGGCGUGUUAGCACAUAUGACUGUGACUGCGCUAUUUCAAGUUAUGAUAUUGCCAGGUUUCACUGUAUUGCCAUUUCAAGCCAUCUAACUUUAGUUUUGGAAUGGGUUUCACUUUUUGUUCGUGUGAUAUACAAUGUAAACUAUUAGACUUGGCAUAUGAGAAUAACUAUGUAAAUUACUAAGUAUCUGUGGCAUAAACAAGUCACAAUGUAGAACUGUCUGGCUUCUAUGACAGGACAUGCCAGCAAUGACUUGCUAGCCCGUCUACUUCAGGCAAGAGAUGAGAAUGGAAAUGGCCUCACAGAUGACUGUCUGCUGGAUCAAGUUUGUGGAUUUCUGUUUGCUGGUUUUGAGGUUAGCUCAGAGCACUUUAUUUAUUAGAAAUUUAUUGAUAUAUAUUUAUCUAUUUAGGGCUGUUACGAAAUUAUAUUUUUAUUUGCUUAGGAGACGAAUACUGUUUUCUUACUUGCUAUUAUUGGUGAGAAAUCAGACAGAUUAAAUCACAAUUUUAACAACUUUUCAAUUUUCUUAAAAUAUUUCUUUAAUAGUUAACACUCUAAACCAGGCCUGCACUACUCAAACUGUAAGGCGAGCGGUUAUGCGUUAAGAAAAACUUGUGCGGGCCAAAUGAUAACAGGACAGGGCUGAAAGCUAUUAAGAAAUUAAUAAAAAUAUUUAAAAAUUUCGUUACUCCGCGAGCCGCCAAGUGGGUGCUGGCGGGCCGCAUGGGGCCUGCGGGCUGUAUGGUGUGCAGGCCUGCUCUAAAACAUGAUUUUAUUUUUAUAAUCGAGUAAUUUUUAACUUUUAAACACUUGUCAGAAUGACCAUAUGUGGUAACAUUUAAUCUCUGUUGGCAUCAAACAACAAAGUUUUGGACCACAAUUCAUAUGCAGUUUUAAUUCAUUUCAAUUUUCAAAUAGGAACUAGAUAAUUUGGUGCAGUUAUAUCAAAUAAAUGAGCCAGCUGUGAUGGUGAGUAAUGCAUUAGGAGUUCAGCAUGGGAGUUACCUGUAAUGAUUGCUUAUUGCAGACAACCAGCAUGAACCUCACAUGGACUCUUCUCAUGCUUGCUGAACACCCAGACAUCCAGGAAAAGGUUAGACAGGAAGUUAUGACAUUAUUGCCGGAUACAAACACCCCAGUUACGGCCAAGGUGUUGGACGGACUAACCUACCUAACGUGUGUCAUCAAAGAGUCCCUAAGGUGAUGGCACAGCUUUCAUUUCCUUCCAGAUUUAUUUAAAUGAUGAGGAGUUCCUGUUGUAGAGAAUAUCCAGAGUAAAAGUAAAAAAUAAUAGAGAUAUCUGGGGGAAUAUUUCAAUUUAAAGAAAAUGCAUUAUUUAUGUUAAUUAUCUUAAAAUUUAAAUGAUGAGUCUUUAAACUUUGUGUGAGGCAAACUGUAAAAAAUAUGAGCAGAAUUGUAAAUUUGAUAAAGUGUAACAGCUCAAAAUUAGAAUAAUCCCUGCCACUUUCAUUGACUUUCUUAUUUAUAACGCUCUGUAAUGGGCAAAAUAAAUGUUUCAACAUUUAUCACUGCCAUCCUAUUUGAUUUGAACAUAUCAAAUAUGCUUAACUUGUGCUCAAAUGUUCAAACUGUGCAAAGAUUUACUGGUUUUAAACGAUGUUAAUAACUUUUAUGAUUGCAUCCAUUUUAAAUCACAAAAGAUAUUCCUAAUUAAUGAAGAAAUAUUUAUACAUGAUUAAAUUUUAGUUUUGCUCAUUGUGCAAAUUUGAUUUUAUAAUUUAACUUUUAUCUCAAAUUAUUUAACAUUUGUACACUACUAAAAAGAUGUAGUAUUCUGCAUCGUGAAUUUCAUCCUUUCAUUAAAAAUAUUAAUUUUAAAAAACUUGAAUGUUAUUAGUUCAAGUAGAUUUUGAAAGAAAUAAUUUUUUUGUUUUUUUUGUUUCUCCAGAUUAUUCCCACCUGCUUCUAUUAUUUUCCGAAAAGCUGUUGAAAACGACUACCUUGGUGGCUACCUGAUUCCAGCUGGAACUCCUGUUGGUAUCAGUAUCGGCGCACUCCACAGGUGAGAUGUUACUAUGGUGCACUCCAUGCGUUGACUUUAAGUGACAUCAGUAAACCCAAAUUAUAUUUAAAAUGGCAUUGUUUUAUUUGGUGUCUCGUUUGAAGUACAAGAAUACCUUUCUUGUACAUCAACCAGAAAUACCUUGGUCAGGGACUGUUUGGCUCUUGGACUCAACAAGGGCUUGUAUAAUUUAUCAUUUUUCAAUAUCAAAUAUAUCAAACUAACAGGGUUGAUCUAUAAUUACAAGUUUUAUUUGAAUCAAGUGAGGAGAUAUUGUUCAAAUUAGAGAUUGAUCAUAUUAGGGAUUUUGUCUUUUUUUAAAGAUUGUUCAUGUUAGAGAUUCUUCAUAUGAGAGAUACUUCAUAUUAGAGAUUCUUCAUAUUAGUGGUAUUUCAAAUAUAUUUCUUUUGCCACUGGCAGUCAGUGUUCAAAUAAUUUGUAUUUUUCUAGAGCUUUUCAUCUACUUAUUGAAAUAUUCAGCUAUAUAUGGCUAAAUUGGAACAUUGUUGUAACAUCAUGAUAGUUAGUUGACCUUAGAGCAGAUUUGUUUUCCCUUGCGAUUUAGGCGUACAAUGUACGAUUUUGAGGUGUAUACCUUUUAUAUAUUGUUUUUGUAUGUUUAAUUUUUUACCAUAAAGAUAAUGUAUUGAUCGAUUUUGUGAUGAUAUUGUACCAUUUUAAGAGUUUGAGGGUGAACAGGUCUGUUAGAGGGAAACCUCACCCAAAAAUCAGAAAUCAUGUGGCGGAUUAAUACAGAUAAUUAAUUACAAAAGAUGGGAUCAUUUCAUCAGCCACAUUGGCCAGCAUGUAAAAUCAUGAGUGAUCUCAGAAUGUUCAAAGAAGAAAGUUGUUUGGAUCUAUUGCCUGCAUCAGAGCUGUUUAACCCUCAAACUCAUAAAAUCGUACAAUAUCAUCACAAAAUCGUUCAAUACAUUAUCUUAAUAGUAAAAAAAUAAACAUACAGAGUAUAUAAUGUAUACACCUCAAAAUCGUACGGUGUACGCCAAAAUCGUAAGAUUAAAUUGGUCUCCUGCAUAAUUUGCUUAAAUAAUCAUAUUCUUUAUUCAGUGGAUUGUUACAAUUAUCAUAUAUUUUAAAAUUUAUCUCUAAGUUAUGGAAAUCUUCUUGCUAGUAUAUUCUUAAAUUGCCUUAAAUUCUAUACUGUUUAAAAAUAUAAAGUUUUGUAAAUAAUUCUUUUAAUCCUGUUUCUUUUGUCCCUUCAGGCUACCAGAAAACUGGGAAGACCCAACAACGUUCAAGCCGGAGAGAUUCCUUGAGCCCUACGACCCCUACAAGUUCAUGCCAUUCAUCACGGGACCCUACAUGUGCAUAGGUCACAUAUUUUCUCUGACAGAAACCAAGGUCACCCUGGCUCUGAUCCUCAGACAUUUCAAGCUGAGCCUCACCCCGGGCUACAAGUAUCGGAGGAUUCGACAGCUGACCCUUCAGCCAUCUCCCCCACUCACCCUCACAGUUCAAGCGUUAGAACAUUCAUAAAGGAAACGGUUGCGUUUCCCUGUAAGAAAGUUUUCAUGCUUCCCAUUCCAAAUUUUGUUGAAUUAUUCCAUUUGGCGUACAUUAAUUGCUCCCUGAAACUGAGCAGUUAUUUAUUUGAAUGUAUUUGCAUCAGCCAGUUAUUGUAAUGAUGAUUAUGUGAUGUAUUUACUUCUGACGUUUAUUGUAAUGCUGAUUAUGGGAUAUGUUUGUACCAAUUGGGUUUUUGUGAUAACGAUUGUUAUAUAUUGUUUGAUUAAGUAAUCUGUGAUAACUGAGAUGUUCAAAUUUCAAUCAGAGAAAAAGGAAUAUUGGAUUUAUAUUUGUUUUCAUGCUACUUGAUUACACAGAGUAAUUUUCACUGUACUUGUUGUGGGUCUCAUGGUUUGUCUCUUGGUCUGACUGUUCCUUUAACCCUCUUGAGAUUCUUUCGGCCCAAAUGGCAAAAAAGACAAAUGGCAGAUCCAUCUGCCAAAUAAAAGAAACCUCGAUAUUAGCUGGCUUGUCUUUUUACCAGCUAAUCAGAAUGCUUUUUGCAUUUCUUGCUCAUCUCACCAUUUUAAUGUCGGCUUCCAUUGAUAUUUUAUGGUGCUCUGUCAUUUUUUAAUCAAUUUUUUGUGUACCUAUAGAUGCUUAAAAAAUAUGGGAUCUUGGAAUAUAUUAAAAGGCAUUGGCGCCCUCAGUGGAAUAUUUUAUGCAGUUUUUCACACUGACUCCCAUUGAAAAGUUUGUUUGGACUUAUUUAGGCUUCAACAAUCAACAAAAUUCUGAAAGUAAACAUGUUUAUACUAAGCGUUUUAAUAAAUUGCAUGCAUAAAUUAUGCAAAUCAGGAUACCGGUAUCUAAUUUGCUUAAAUGUUGAGAUUUCAGUUCGAUUCAUAGACUGCAUUAGGUCAUUCAAUUUUCUACAAGAAUGUAUCUAGUUUUUGUAUUUGUGAGGUUAUUACUCAUAUUAGUUUAUUUUUAAAAAUUGGUCGUGCAAAGUAAGUGCAGGGCUUGUGAAAAAGGAUUUGCCUUCAAUUUCUUGGCACAGACGGUCCAAAAAAGCUCAUUCUGAAGAGGAUUACAGCUCUGCCUCAAGAGGGAUAAAGCUCCGUCUCAAGAGGGAUAAAGCUCUCUAUGUUGAUGUGCAAUAAUUAGCAUGCUGAAUUUCAUUUCAUUGUGUUCCGAAGCCAUUAUAUCCAGCCUAUGCAAUUUUUGGAUGGUUUCAAGGUCUUUAAUCUCUACCGCUCACUACCAUCUCCCCCAGUGCUGGGUACAAGCUGUAACAUGGCUACUCAUCCAAUGUGCGGCAGUGCUGUGUGUGACAAGUUUCAAAAUUACUUUACAGCAGACCUCUUAAACUUUCUAUGAAACUUCAUAAAUUGUGUCCAGAUACUAUUCAGACUUUUGGCAAAAUUCUUCUAACCUGCUUUGGUCACUAUGUUAAAAUGUUACUGAAAUUUCAUUCUGUU